AGAGUAUCUUGAUGUCAUUUAUUUAGCUAGCUAGACUACGGAUAGGUAGCUGCGCUUCAACUUGCCAUUCAAUGUCACAUUUCUGCCCGUUGUAACCAUAAAAACAUGGACAUGAAAGCUGAGUUUGCCUUCCCGAGCUCGUCCAAAUUGGCUCUCAAGGUCCGUUAGUCGAUGAAGUACAGCCGUCCAGUUCCUGAGGGAAAGAGAUGCCGUCUACUCACUGAGUAGGGCAAAUUCUAGAUCCUAAUGGACUGAGUGGUGCUCUCGGUGUCUUCAGCCAGGACAUGUAGCUCACCAUUGCAAGCACACUAUUCGCUGCACGACUUGCAACGAAACGCAUGAAACGCGUUAUUGCCCACGAGCCGAUGAGAAUGCCAUUUCACUAUAUGCAGAAGACCAUAUUACUGCGGACGACGGAGUUAGCUGUAAUGCCUUUGCUUCACGAGGAGUCCCCGAAGAGUGGGGGCAAGCGAGUUGCAUUCCGUGGCCAGGAGCAUGCGACACGAAAGCCUCCUGCCAGUGUCAAGACUGAGAUCAAGAACGAGUACAAACAAACUGCAAAAGCGUUACAGUCCAGCACUCAGCAAGACGGUGGUGGAGGUGGUGAAGCCCCUGGUGAUGAGGAGGUAUCAAAAUAA